GCCGCCGUGGAGCCACCGCCCCCUCGCCGCCUAGGCUCUGCGUUGGGUAUCUGGACCGCGGUGGCGCCGGGUCGCCCUGAUGGUCCCGGGCUGGCUGCGGCGGCAGAGGCGGCGAGAGGAUGACCUCUCCCCGGGAGCGGAGUGCCGACUUGGCUCGUUUCUACACUGUCACCGAGCCCCAGCGACACCCGAGGGGCUACACUGUGUAUAAGGUCACCGCCCGGGUUGUUUCACGAAGAAAUCCAGAGGAUGUCCAGGAGAUAAUUGUAUGGAAGAGAUACAGUGAUUUUAAGAAACUGCACAAAGAGCUAUGGCAAAUUCAUAAAAACCUAUUUCGACACUCAGAGUUGUUUCCUCCUUUUGCAAAAGGAAUAGUGUUUGGACGAUUUGAGGAAACUGUUAUUGAAGAGAGAAGGCAGUGCGCUGAAGACCUGCUCCAGUUUUCUGCCAAUAUUCCUGCUCUUUACAACAGUAAACAACUUGAAGAUUUCUUCAAGGGUGGAAUAAUUAAUGAUGGUUCUGAAUUAAUUGGUCCUGCUGAAGCUUACCCUGAUUCCCUCAUUGAUACCUUUCCUGAGUGUAGCACAGAAGGCUUCUCCAGUGACAGUGAUCUGGUAUCUCUUACUGUUGAUGUGGAUUCUCUUGCCGAGUUAGAUGAUGGAAUGGCUUCCAAUCAAAAUUCUCCCAUCAGAACUUCUGGUCUCAAUCUUUCUACGGAUUCUUCAGCACUAGGGGCUGUUGCCUCUGACAGCGAACAGAAUAAAACAGAAGAAGAAAGGGAAAGUCGUAGCCGCUUUCCUGGCAGUUUAAAACCCAGGCUUGGCAAGAGAGAUUAUUUGGAAAAAGCAGGAGAAUUAAUAAAGCUGGCUUUGAAAAAGGAAGAAGAAGACGACUAUGAAGCUGCUUCUGAUUUUUAUCGGAGAGGAGUUGACUUGCUCCUAGAAGGCGUUCAAGGAGAGUCAAGCCCUACGCGCCGAGAAGCUGUGAAGAGGAGAACAGCAGAGUAUCUCAUGCGGGCCGAAAGUAUCUCCAGUCUUCAUAGGAAGCCUCAGCUUGAUGAUCUGUCUCAGCCUCCAGGAUUACUGAGUUCAAGGCCCCCUUGGAACCUAAGGAGCCCUGCCGAGGAGCUGAAGGCCUUCAGAGUCCUUGGGGUGAUUGACAAGGUUUUACUUGUAAUGGACACAAGGACUGAACAGACCUUCAUUUUAAAAGGUCUAAGGAAAAGCAGCGAGUACAGCAGGAACAGAAAGACCAUCAUCCCCCGCUGUGUGCCCAACAUGGUGUGUCUGCACAAGUACAUCAUCUCGGAGGAGUCGGUGUUUCUGGUGCUGCAGCACGCGGAAGGUGGCAAACUUUGGUCAUAUAUCAGUAAAUUUCUAAACAGAAGCCCUGAAGAGAGCUUUGAAAUCAAGGGAGUGAAAAAAUCUACACUCACUCAAGUUCACCUGCAACAGCCAGCUGCUAGUCCUCAGGACAGCAGCAGCUUUGACUCCAGAGGCAGUGACGGUGGAAGUAUGCUUAAAGCUCUUCCUUUGAAGACUAGUCUCACUCCAAGUUCUCAGGACGAUAGCAACCAGGAAGAUGACGGCCAAGAUAGCUCUCCAAAAUGGCCAGAUUCUGGCUCAAGUUCAGAAGAAGAAUGCACCACUAGUUAUUUAACAUUAUGCAAUGAAUACGGGCAAGAGAAGAUUGAGCCAGGGUCUUUGAGUGAGGAGCCCUUCCUGAAGACUGAAGGAAGUGGUGUUGAUACCAAAGCCAUGAAGAGCUUCCCAGCCCACCUUGGUGCCCGCAGUGACGGCACAGGCCCACAGCUGGUGACUCAGGAGCUGAAGCUCUUCCCUGGAGAUGAAGACCCAGAAGCAGUCCGUUCUCCAGGGGCAUCAGAGUCCCUCAGUAGAUCGAAAAAUAGCCCCAUGGAAUUCUUUAGGAUAGACAGCAAGGACAGCACAAGUGAACUCCUGGGACUUGAUUUGGGAGAAAAAUUGUAUAGUCUGAAAUCAGAACCUUUGAAACCAUUCUUUGCACUUCCAGAGGGAGACAGCUCUUCCAGGAGUUUUGAUGGUAGUGAGAGCAAGGUCGAGUUGAAAGCUCAGGACAGCAUUAGCAGGGGCUCAGACGACUCAGUGCCUGUUAUUUCAUUUAAAGAUGUUGCUUUUGAUGAUAUCAGUGGUACUGAGGAAGGGAGACCUGAUCUUCUCGUCAAUCUACCUGGUGAACUGGAGGCAACAAAAGAAGCUGCAGCCAUGGGACCUACUAAGUUUGCCCAGGCUACCAUGGGCGUGAUAGAAAACAAACUCUUGGAAGCCCCCGAUGUUUUGUGCCUGAGACUGAGUCCUGAACAAUGCCUAGCACAUGAAGCACAAGACACGGAGAAGUUGAGUGAGCCCUGUAGGCCCCAAACCCACAGUGUAACAGGGAAGCACUAUGCACAGGAAGACCUCGGGAGGUUGUUUGUAGCAGCUGCUGAUCAGAGCAGUUCAGGAGAGCCGUCCUUGUUACACAGCACAGAUCCUAAGUUGCAAGGACUUGGAAUAACUGCAAGCGUCAAAGAAGAGCACUUAGUCCAUAUUUCUGAUUCACUCUCAGGUGCUAAUGAAUAUAAUGUAAACACAGACACUUUAAAACCAGAAGAAGUGUUACUGUUUUCAGAUCAGACUGAUGAUUUGGCUAAAGAAGAAGCGACUGCUUUAUUCCAGAGAGACUCUGAGAUUAAGGGAGAAAGUGGGUUAGUGCUGGAUGGAGACAAGGAAAUACAUCAGAUUUUUGAGGACCUUGAUAAAAAAUUAGCACUAAACUCCAGGUUUUAUAUCCCAGAGGGCUGCAUUCAAAGAUGGGCAGCUGAAAUGGUGGUAGCCCUUGAUGCUUUACAUAGAGAGGGAAUUGUGUGCCGCGAUUUGAACCCAAACAACAUCUUAUUGAAUGAUAGAGGACACAUUCAGCUAACGUAUUUUAGCAGGUGGAGUGAGGUGGAAGAUUCCUGUGACAGCGAUGCCAUAGAGAGAAUGUACUGUGCGCCAGAGGUUGGAGCCAUCACGGAAGAAACAGAAGCCUGUGACUGGUGGAGUCUGGGUGCUGUCCUCUUUGAACUUCUCACUGGCAAGACUCUGGUAGAGUGCCAUCCAGCAGGAAUAAACACUCACACUACCCUGAACAUGCCAGAAUGUGUCUCUGAAGAGGCUCGCUCACUCAUUCAACAGCUCUUGCAGUUCAACCCACUGGAGCGCCUUGGUGCUGGAGUUGCUGGUGUUGAAGACAUCAAAUCGCAUCCAUUUUUCACCCCUGUGGAUUGGGCAGAACUGAUGAGAUGAACCCAGAGCAGGGUUGUUUUCACCCAAUGUGAUUUUCUGUGUGACAGGCACAGUCACUAUGGAGCACCAAAGCUUCUGGAUAAAGACCUUUGAGGAAAUGGAAGGAAAGGCUAGAGAGAUUCAUUUGCAGUUUCCACCUGGACAACAUAUUAGCUAAUCUUGUCACAGGCUGUUGUAUACACACCUGUAACUGAGGUGUGACUUUAAUGUAAUCCAUAUUUGGUGUCUCGGAUGAGUUGUAGAGCCAACUGAAGGAGCAGCGCUCUUCCGGAAGUUCUCUGAUAAGAAGCUCUGAGUGCAGCAUUAAGUUUUGCUUGAAAGAAGGACCCUUACAUGGCAGCUAACAGUGCUUCCCGCUAACCAGGAUUGGUCUGAUUAAAUUAAUGUGGUAAAUGAUACACUAACGUGCUUCAUGAAGGCUAUCAUUCAUGGGACUUACACAGUGCGAAAAAGGAAUGUACACAUAAUAUCUGAGCAGAAACCUGUGCCAUGAUGCUGUAUAGUUAACAUAUCUUGAAUGUGGUCCCAGGUUAUUUCUGUGAGAAGAGAACACUCUUGUGUUCUCAGUUUUGUGCUCUGUGACUGAUACUUGCUUAUGUAGAGAAGGGCUCAUGGAAACACUCACUUUUGUCCUCUGCCAUUUCAUCUUUCUUUUCCUGUCUUUCCAGUUCAUGUUCUUCGGACUCCUGCUAGCACACAUACAACAGAAAAGGGAAGGCAGUAUUUAUCCCUCCAAAUUAUAUCAACUUAAUAGAACUAAGAAAUCAUGAUGUAAAAUAAACAUGGUAAACAUUUAGAUCUCUUCUUCAUUAAGUAGCUUACUAUUUUUACUUUUAAUAUUUAUUAUUAUUAUUGUUAUUAUUAUUAUUUUAGGUCUCUGUUCCUUUCCUUUUGGAUUACUGGUUUCACUUGCUUCUCCUGUUUGACUCUGUUUUACCUGUGGGCUUUGUGUCCCAAGAACCAAAGGAUCUCAUGGAAAUGCACUUGAAUGGCAAUCCUAUUUUACUACUUAGAGUGAUGAGGCCUCCAGGUUUGAACUCCUGAUGUACCUGAUGUAGGGAGAAUGAGUAGUCACACAUCUCCAGACAUUUGUAUUUGUUGUUUCUUUUUGUUGCUAAAGAAAUUACAAAAAUUUGUAAAAUGCUUUAAGUGUUAAUGUCUGUUUUUUAAACUUUAUCCAAAGAAGAAAAAGUCACUCUUUCAAAGUUAGAAGUCACCAGAAAGACUUGAAAUUUGCUGUAUGUUUUAAUCUUUGUAUUUUCGAAAUCUGUGCAGGAAAGAAUCCAUAGCUAUCCAAGAGCAUUUGCAAAGCUUCCAUCUGCCGUUGACCAGCUCCUCCCACCAAAUUAAAUGGAAACAGAAAAUGCUUUAGUGAAACAAAGGAAAUGUGCAAGCAUUUUUCCUUUUUCUAUUAUUCUGCUCCCUGUUUUCCUUUUUGGUCCCCUUGUAACCCAAACCCCAGCUGAAGGGCUGCAACAACACCAGGUUGGGAAACAGGUCACUAGGAUCAUAGCUCAAUCAAGAUGACAUCACUCCCUGGAACUGGAUUUCAACUCAUCAUCCCCUGGCCUCAUAACAGGAACUCAUGCAGGUGAGACCUAAGAAUGACUUCCUGUGUAGGUCUGUAGGAAGUCUGCAAGUACUUAGCACUGGCCAUUACAGAACUUCCUUCCAGAAGUGCCCUCUGACAUGAAGUAGGACUUCACAACUAAGGUGACUAUCCCUGCCCUACCGUGUGAUUUGGAUCCCUUGUAUUCAAAGGAUAGUAAAGUCAACACAGGUUUGUGAGGUCAGUCUGUGAACACAAUUCCACUGCUUUAAUUUCUCCCUCUCUUUCUCUGUUUGGAGCCUGUGCUUAAUGUAAAUAGUACCCUUCAUAAUCAUGGUGGAUAUAAGUUAUUUUGGUAAUAAACACACAGGGUAAAUGACUGGGGUUCAACCCAAGCCUAUUUGAUGACUUAUGCAUGUUUUAAGCUCUAAUGCUGUGAGUGCUUCUGUUUUUUGUUGCUGCAAUAGAUAGAUAGAUAGAUAGAUAGAUAGAUAGAUAGAUAGAUAGAGAUAUAUUUGUUUUUUUAACUAGAGGAGUAAGUUUGGAUCAAAAGUCAUAAAAGAGAAUUCCACUUAGUAUUUCUCAUUUCUUAAUUGUAAAGCAAUAUAUUGUAAAGCUCACCAUUUUAACCAUUUUUUAUUAUCUUUUUUAAAAAAGGACUUCCCUGUUUUAAAGGCAGAGAGAAAAAACUCUUCUAUCUGCUGGUUCAUUCCUCAGAUGAUUGCAACAGCCAUGGAUGAGUGCAGGCUGGGCCACACAGAACCCAGGAGGCAGGAACUCCAUCCAGGUCUCCCACAUGGCUGGGAGGGUCCAAGUACUUGGGCCAUCCUCCGCUGCCUUCCCAGACACAUUCACAAGACACUGAAUUGGAGGCUGAGUAGUUGGGAUUCAAACAGACACUGUGAUAUAGGAUUCUGGCUUCACAGGCAGCAGCUUAACCCAUGGUGCCAUUAAUGCUGGCCCCCAUUGUAACCUGUUGUAAGUAUAUGAUUAAAUUGCCAAUGCCAUUCACUAUUAUUUUACAGUGCUCUCUAUAGAAGGGCUUUUCCAGACAGGUUGCUGAUACUGUUAUGGUGCAAUGCCGCUUGUCUUAAGAUGUGAUAUAAAAACCUACCAUUUCCAUUUCACACAUGAGUAAGUUAAACUACUUAAGAAUAAAAAAGUGCCAUCAUUUUAGCAAUUUGUUUUAACUGUUCUAUGUUAAU